CGCUGGCCCAGAUUCGAUGCGACCGUCACGACGUGUACGUGAUACCCGAAUCUGUCCGCGAGUUCGCUGGGCCUCCCGGCUUGUCCAUCCACUUUUGCGAGCAUCCGUGACUCCGGAACCGUUCCCCAGGAUCGUAUCGACCAUCGGCUGGUAUCCGUGAAUCCGUCGAUAAAACAGUGAACCCCGAGUCUAAACUGGUGUAGAAGUUCCGUAAUAAACUCUCCUGCCACUUGUGGCCGGUUCCUGUUCUCCCCGCGAAUCGAGAGCGCAGUCUCUCUCUAUCUCUCUCUCGUAUGACCUGGCGGAACCACGCGGAGUGUAAUCCGUAGUCGUGUACACGCUAUCUUCCCACGGCAGUGUACACCGAAGUGCACGUAAGAUGUGACUCCCUGGUCAGUGUCGUUGUGUUCUCCCCCGCGCUAGUUUGCCGAACAUCAACUACCGUGCGACGCGAGUUCGCAUCGCCUCCGCCCCGUUACCAGCCGCAUCUCGCCUUUUGUGCUUUUUCUCGUACGCUGAAAAGUUUCACGCUUCCCGAGAGCCACACAGAACAGCCGCGCGGCACGGCACCGAUCCAGACUCGUUUGGUUCCCCAUCAAAUGAACCCAAGUUUCCUGGUGAGUGCAUCCUCACAUACAUGGAGUUUCAGCUGGAUAGUGCAGAAUACUGCCAGGCUCAACACAAAUAGAGAGACGCGCCCAAACACCCUAGAACCUGCUAGGUAUUGUUAAAGGAGGAGUAAAGGGGAAUCAUUUGAAUCAGGCAAAAAAAUUUGAUAAUAUUGGGAUCAUUGCCUCAAAUUCAACAAAUCAUCAGCUAGUCAUCACACAAGGCAUAGAGGAAUUAAUUAGAAUCAAUAAUUAAUUUACAUUGUUAAAUGCAAGCAUCGUAGUUACUGAGCGCACCUGAUCCAGGCGCACCCAGUGCCAAAUAGAUAUUCUUCCGAAUCAUAGUCAAGGAUCCCAAGUGGGAAUCAAUCGCAUAUCAACAACGCCUAAUGUAACGUAGCCCUCACUCUUUCAGCGAAAUUCGCACCCCAACAACCCUUCUCGAGGUCUACAUGUAAACCCACUGUUCUGUCCUCUGUAAAAAAAUAACAAAGUAUUCAAUUAGUUAAAUGAAAAACAACUCAAUAAGACUGACAUCUAUGGGCUAAGUUGUCAAAUCCAAUCUUUGUCGCUUCAUAUAGUGUGGCACAUUUCAAAACUAAAAAGAAACAGUGUUGUAUAAAAUCGUUAAAAAGAGUUAGAACAAUACAAAAGAAGUAGGAGUACACCAAUUGUUGUCCAAGGGGAAAUGAGCAACAUGAGGGUGAAGGACAUCAGGCCGGCGCCCGCCGAAAUCGAAUACAAAAAUAUGAAGUUCCUCAUUACUGAUCGGCCCAAUGAUCAGACCAUUCAUACUUUUAUUCAAGAACUGAAGAAGCACAAUGUGAAAGAAGUAGUGAGGGUCUGCGAACCAACUUACAAAAUCGAGGAACUUAAAGCAGAAGGGAUCAAUGUCAUAGACUUGGUGUUUGAUGAUGGCACAUUUCCACCGAAUGAAGUCGUCGAUGAAUGGUUUGAAUUACUGAAAAAUCGGUUCCGCGAGUCCCCUGAUGCAUGUGUGGCAGUGCACUGCGUUGCAGGACUUGGGAGGGCACCAGUGUUAGUUGCACUUGCUCUUAUUGAAUUGGGACUAAAGUAUGAAGAUGCGGUUGCAUUAAUUAGAGAAAAAAGACGAGGCGCCAUCAACGCAAAGCAGCUGGCCUACCUUGAAAAAUAUCGUCCCAAGUCUCGGUUGAAGCUCAAAAAUGGACAGAAGAACUCCUGCUGCGUCCAAUAGAUUAAACGAUUUCUUUAAAAAGUUACUAAUUCAUACUGAUUGGUAUACCUAAUUGUAUAGGUUUUCAUGCCUGGUAACAAGAGACAUACUGUAUCGACUUUGUUCUGAAAGGCCUAUCAAUGGAAAUGCAACCAAACUACCUUACAAAACAAUUUGAAAAUCAUGUUUUAAAUCAUUAAAUUUAUUAUCGGGAAGCAAGCAAUUAAAAAACGAAACUACCUAGAAUGAUUUUUCACUUUUCUUUUAUAAAAGUUUUUAUAUUUAUUUUUGAUACUAAAUUAAGAUAAAAUACUGUAGAUCAGAAAGAAGCCUUUCGUGCUUGAUAAGGUUAGUAAAGAAUUUGAAUGGAUCUGAUUACCCAUAUAAUAAAACUGGAUCAACUUAUGCAUUGUACACCAUACUUGGUGCCUCAUUCAAGGCUGUUAUGUACAAAAAAUUUAAAAGCCUGCAUUUAUUUGGUCCUAGAAAAUUAAAACAUUCAAUAUGUUACCAAUCAUUUUAUGAAUAUUAGUUAAUACAUUAUUUAUACAAAAUAUUUUAGGAAUGAAGUAAACACAUCAGAUUCUCAUCAUUUCUUGUAAAAAUGGUUCCUUUGAUGCUGUUGUAUCCAACUAUUGCGAAACGUAGCUUUUUAAAUAAAUUAGUGCAAUAAAAACUUACGUUUUUCCAGAAUGGUUGAAUACAGGAAAUGUAUAAGUGUCUUACCGAGAAUAAUUUUUAAACCUGAACAAAUAAAAGACAAGAUCUGUACAUGAA